AUGCCACCAAAGGCUGACCCAACAUCAACAGCAGCAACCACCGCGGUGUCUACUACACCAAAGCCCGCCGCGACAAAGACCGCAACAAAGGCCCCCGCAAAACCCACCACCAUCGGUGCCACAAACACAGCAACCACAGCAACCACAGCAACCACAGGAACCGCAACCUCAACCACCACAGGCACACUCGGCCCCAGCUCCACUGCCGCCCCAGGCGCCUCCACCGGUGGUCUCUCCACCCCUGCCAUCGCCGGCAUUGCUGUCGGUGGUCUCGUCGUGCUCUUCCUGCUCUCGAUUUUCCUCUGCAAGAAGCGGCGCGCGCACAUGUACGCGAAACGGGAUUACAGCCACGACCCCAGUCGUGAUCCCAUCAAUCCGAACGACGUCUUCCCUCUAGAGAACAAAUAUGACCAACGAACGCUCCCACCUUCUGAGGGACACGACGACCUGGAUGCCAUCACUUAUCCUCUUACCCUCCGAGCAGGCGGUAAUGACCAACGGCCAGGCCAGACACAGCAAGCACAGCACACGCAGCAACAAGAUUAUCCCACUUAUGACGAGCAUAUCCAAUCGCACUUCUCCCCUGAAAGCCCAAACCUGCAACCCAGGGGCUCUCCUGUUGGUGGUCCACCCGGUGCCCCAGGUGGCCAAGCACAUAUCCCCGCACCCAUCUUGAUCAACCCUUUAAACGAUAAUCCUCCGCGCUCGCCAAAUCAGCAGAACAGCCCCAGGGUCAUGUCGCCUCUUUCACCAAGAUCACAUCAGCAACCACCAGGCCCUGACUCAGUCUUCGUCAACGACAUGGGAAACCAGUUUGUCCUCGAGGACAACGGCAACAACGGCAGGCAGAACUACAAUGAUCCUAACUUCGGUAACAAUAUCAACAACAGCACAGAGCGUCUGCGCGACAGCUUUGACGAUGGAUCAGUGGUGCAGUCGGAACAUUCGUAUCGCAGACCGCCUCGAAAGAGCCAGGACUCAAACGUCGGUGGUGGUUAUCCUGUACACUCACCAUCCGCACCCUACUUCAACCACGGAUCAGGACCUGCAAGCCCGAAUGGACCAGGACCCCAGCAGCGCGGUGCCCGCCCUGGCCCUCCUAACAGCAACAGCAGCGCGUACUCAUCACCCAGACAGGGACCCUCGCAUCCAUCGCCCCGGCCAUCCCACGCACAAUACCAACCACCGCAGCCAUACUCUCCGCAACAGCCAUAUCCUCAGCAACCGGGAUACCCCCAGCACCCUCAGCAGCCUAGACCGAUGUAUGGUCCUGGACCAGCAUCACCUCCUGCAUUUGCGCAGCAGCGUCCAAACAACUACCCCGUUAGAUCACCACCCAUGGGCCCAAGGGGUCCUGGUGGAUAUCCACAGGGGGGCCCGCCCGGCUAUUCUCAGCCCUCUCCCAACUUUUCUCAACCCUCUCCCAACUACCGCCCUCGCCCCAAUUAUUCUUAG